GACGAAACCAAAUGGGUGUCCUCUAAACUCGACUCUGUCCCCUUCUUUUGCGAACUCCACCUUCUUCUUCUUCUUCUUCUUCUUCUUCUUCCUCUUCCUCUUCUCUCUCCCAUUCUCCAAACAAAACAUCAUGAGACGCCAUGGCUGGCAACCUCCUCUCCAUCCUUUACAGAUUGUGGGCAUCGCAAUUUUCAGCUUUCUAGUAGUUUCCUUCUACACUUUCUUGGGGCUUUUCCUUGGGAACAGAGUUGCCGAAACUACAAUCACCGCUCUCUUUUCCUUUGUGGUUCUCUCAGUUAUGUUUCUGUUCAUAAGGUGCACUGCUAUUGACCCAACUGACAAAACCCGUCUCCGAAAAAGGAAAAAGAUUAAAUCAAAACCAAAACUAAAUUUUGGGUUCGUGUUGGUGCAAAUCGUUUUGAGACGAUUUAGGAAUGUAGAGAGAAAGAUUCUGAAAAGAUUGAUCCGGAGGAAGUAUUUAGAUCCAUGGAUGGGUGGCCCUCAAAUGGAGCCUUUGGUUCCUUUUCCUCUUCUAAUGAAGGAGGAUGUGAUCACUCCUGAUCACAACCAGGAUGAUAUAACAUUUUGCUCUCUCUGUGAUUUCGAGGUGCAGAGGCACAGCAAGCAUUGUCGAACCUGCAACCGUUGCGUUGAAGGAUUCGAUCACCAUUGUAGGUGGCUAAACAACUGUGUUGGAAAAAAGAAUUAUACCACAUUCUUUCUUCUGAUGAUAUCCGUGUUGUUAAUGCUAGCGAUUGAAGGGGGAAUGGCCAUUGUCAUAUUCAUAAGGUGUUUUGUAGACAAGAAGGGAAUGGAAAUGGAACUGCGAACAAGACUCCACGUAGACUUUCCACGAGAAGCACUUGCUACAAUUUCCGCCUUGCUUGUGUUGAUGACUGCUUAUGGCUCAGCAGCACUUGGACAACUAUUUUUCUUUCACAUAGUUCUCAUACAAAAGGGAAUGAGAACAUAUGACUACAUACUUGCCAUGAAAGAGGAGAGCCAAUCUAUUAUUGAGGAGUCAUUUGAUGAAGACUACUCCGAUUUCUCUUCAGAUGACGACUUCGAUUCACCCGAGAAGAAGCCAACUUUGGUGUCGCGUCUUGUCAUGUGCCAAAGAGGAGGACAAGUCUCGGAGGAGUCGAAGAAAUUGUCGAUAAAAAUAGAUGGAAAUCCCCAGACUCCAUCCACUAGAAAACAAGGCCUUCAUAUCAGUAUCAAUCCAUGGAAAUUGAUAACUUUGAGCAGAGACAAGGCUCUUGCAGCAGCUGAGAAAGCCAAAGAAAAGCUUGAGAGAUCAAAACACAAUUACCUCAAGCCUUUGCCACUAGAGACCAAAUCUGGCCUUCUUACAGAUAAUGUUACUACUACUAGUAGUUGUGAUGAUAUAGAUAGAACGAGGAGGAUGAGCUGGGGGAAUGCAAAGGGAAAGGUACCUACUGGUUCGCCGGGAAGUUUUUCAAGCCCGAGGAAGCGUUGCUCUGGCUCCACCCUAACGUCCGCCGCUUCAGCAGCAUCCUUAUCAUCCCCUAAGCAUAACAAAUAUAGAAGCAAUUUUGACCUGAAGUUGACACAAGUGUCUAAAGAGCUUGAGACUUACAUUUCAAGACAGGUUUUAUGCUCUAUCAUUAAGAAAGAAGAAAGUGUGGCCUCCCCAAGAUAGUGUUCUUUGUGUGCAUGUGUGUGGUGGGGAAGUAGUUGUGAGUUUGUGUAACUAUUCUUGAAUUCUUCUUCCCAAAGAAAUCUUGUUUGGCAUCGGCAUCGGCAUCAUAUUUACUGUAAUAUUCCAUUACAAUACUUAUUUACUACACACAGGCAAUUAUUAUGUGCAGUCUAGGCUA